AAGUAGAAGUAUUUUAUAUAAAUAAAGUAGGAAAAAAAAAUACAAAGAUACAGUAGUAAUCAAGGUAAUAUUAUCAUCUUAUCUACCAUUCAAACCUUGGGAGUUGAAUUAAUGGCAGAUAAAAUGAUAAUACUACCUUGAUUACUUUAAAUUCCAACAUUAAAAAGUUUUUUAAAAAAAAAAAAAAGAAGUCACGUGAAAAAGACGUGAAUAAGAAGUAAAUAACCAUUUAAAUAUUCCAACCCAAGCCAAUCGAAGGAAACUAUCAUUCCUUUUUGCGUUUUUUCUCUCUCCUCCGGUCUUCCAUCAGUCUCAGUCAAUCGUACUAUUCACAUCUCCGCCGCAGCGCCGCCGUGAUGUCGCCGGCGCAACCUCGCAAUCGCGCCUCCUCCGCCGCAGCUCCCUCCUCUUCUUCAUCCUCCGUCAAGGCGCCAUUAAAUUCGGACUCGUUUUUGAAUGAAUUGACGGCAAUGUAUGAAAGAAAUACUGAGAAGGGUUCUGUUUGGGUUACUCUUAAGCGAUCAUCUAUGAAGUCGAAGGUGCAGAGGAAUAAGAUGAAUACUGCCGGAGAAGCCAUUGAUUACCGAUGCCUAAUUCGCGCUACCGAUGGCAAGAAAACAAUCUCCACCACAGUGGGUCCCAAGGAACACCAGCGUUUUCAAGCUUCAUAUGCUACCAUCUUGAAAGCUCAUAUGACUUCUCUAAAGAAACGGGAAAGGAAGGACAAACGAAAGGUUGCUGAUUCAGAUAAGAAAGCAGGAAGCUCAAAGAAGGUGGCUUCUUCUAAGUGAUUUUUUUGCUCUUUUGGACAUGACUGGGUUUUUCUUCCCCUAAUAUACAGCUCGGAAUUUUUUGAGAAUGAGAGGGAUUGUUUUCAGAAAUUUGCUCCACCCCUUGAGUUUAUGUAUACCUUAAUUUGGUGAGCCUACGCGAGAUUGAUUUAAAUGACAUGGGGUAAAAGUCCAAAAUCUUUUUGAUUCAUAUUACAGGGUUGCAAUCUAGGUUUAAAUUAUGGUUUAAAUGGUGAUAGCAAAGUAGGUCGGCCAUAUUUCAUGUGAUAAAUCACUAUGUUGCUGUAUCAUUAUGUUUCUUACAAUUCAUUGCUUCAAA